CGCUUUCUUAAUUCAUUUUGGUUGCUUUUCUCGUUAUCCAAACACAAAAAAUUCCGCUUUUUUUUCAGAGAUUUUUUAAAAAUAUAUAAAAUAUAAAAAGUGACCCUUUUGCAGAGAAGAUUCAAUUCGCUUGUCUCUAGGGAAAGGUUAUCUAUCGUCUCUCCAUUACUCUUCAGCUGCCAUUAAAAAACUUCUUUUCUCGCUAAACAAUCAGCGGAUCUAUUACAUGAUGAUGAGAAGAAGACAAAGAGAUGAAGAGACAACAAGUAGGUCUUUCUACGAUCUAUCUUCUCUUGUUCUCUCUCUCCUCCGUUCUCCUCCUAUCCCCAUUUCUCUCCCCGAUUCACCGCCGCGAAGAAGUCGGCCUCGGUUCUCGUCGUCGUCGUCGGCGCUUUCCAUAUCUCCGUCGGGAUUCGCGUCGCUGCUUCUCGGCGUGUCUGUUGCUCUUAUGCUCUGUGGAACUGUGACUUUCUUCAUCGGCUUCCUCCUGCUUCCUUGGGUUCUGGCUUUGAUCAUUGUUUUCUAUGUUGUCGGGGUCGUUUCCGCUAUCUCCAUGGUCGGGAAGUCUAUCCUCUGCUACUUCUUGGCGCCACCGUCGUCGUCUCCGAGAAAGAAUGUUUCUGAGUGGAAGUUGUUAUGAAGUGAUGAACAACUUCUUCAUCCAUGAAGCAGAGCGAGCAGAGGACUCAAAAGAAAAGGAAUCCAGAUUUAGAGUUUUUAUAUCCUCUUUUGUCUGUAUUUUGGUUGGGGAGAGAAUCAUGUGGAUAUUGAGGAGUUCUAUAUAUUUGUUCCUUUUUUGUACUUUUUCAAAAAGAUUUGUCUGUUAGAGAUAGAGAAGCCUUCUUUUUUUUUUUUUCCGUCAAAUUG